AAAUUAGGAAGCAGGAAGAAAAGUGUUGUCGCCUCCGCCCACAAGAAACGCUCAAAUGCCCAUAAAUUUUACUAUCUUUUUAGGCCACACCACAAACGCCUCUGCCAGCUGACGCCUUGUUGGGCGGUGGGCGCCGAACGCAGCAAGCACUACUCGGUCAACAUUAUUACGCCCUCCGCGCACGUUAGCCACCCCACACACCCCUAACACCUUUAGCGGUGGCCUCUUCUCUCUCUCUAGAUCUCCCCCCCUUUUAACCUAACAUUCUUUCAUUAUGCCUCCGCUUUCCUCCGCCGCCACCCACCACCACCACCACAACCACAACCCCUUUUCCUUCCUCUCUUUUUCCUUUAUAAAUCUGAACCGGUUAACUAAUUCUGGGUGUUUACUGAUUUUGAGAGAUUUGAUAUUCUGUAAUACCACCCACAACAAUGGCGACUUUAUCUCCAUCAACUCAAGAUUUCUCUACCACCCCAUCACAGACUCUGUCUACAUCCAACGUUACAGUUGCGGUGGCUUCUCGACGUCUUCCGCCGCCGUGUUGGUCACAUGAGGAGACAAUAGCGCUCAUUGAUGCUUAUAGGGAUAAGUGGUAUUCUCUAAGGAAGGGGAAUCUACGGGCUAAUCAUUGGCAGGAAGUUGCUGAUGAUGUUGGUUCUAGAUGCCCUGUUGAUCCCCCGAAGACCGCUGUGCAGUGCCGGCAUAAGAUGGAGAAGCUUCGGAAACGUUAUCGUGCUGAAAUCCAGCGUGCUGCUCCGUAUGGUGGGGCUCGAUCUCAUCGUUAUUGCUCUGCUUGGGUACAUUUUAAGCGUAUGGAUAUGAUGGAGAGAGGUCCUAAUGCUGUUUCUCCACCGCCCAGUGAGGAUGAAGCUGAUGAGGAUGUAGAAGAUUACCAUCAAAAUGGCGUUAAACUUGUUGGGGAUUUGUAUGGUAACAAUGUGCAUACGGGUAAUCGGAGUAGUUUCCAAGGGGUUGUGAGUAAUGGAGGAGGUGGGUUUCGGAUCCGGAUACCUGGGAUGCCCGGGUUAGCUCCUCCAAUGGCGAAACUGUAUAGUAGAUUUGAGGACGCUCGAGUUGAAACCCCUAGUAAUUUUGGAUCUAGUCAGAUGUUCAGGGAUGGAUUCGUGAAGAAAGCUGAUUUGGGGAAAAGGGUUGUUGGUGAAGGAGUGGGGGAGAAGAAAAAGGAGGAUCCCAUGGCGGAAAUGGUGGCUGCGAUAAAGGUAUUAGGUGAUGGAUUCGUCAGAAUGGAGAGGAUGAAGAUGGACGCAGCAAGAGAGUUGGAAGGGAUGAGAAUGGAAAUGGAGAUGAAAAGAACUGAGAUGAUACUCGAGUCACAGCAAAGGAUUGUGGAGGCGUUUGCUCAGGCGUUAUCGGAGAAGAAAUAUAAGAAGGCCAAGAGAAUGCCAACUCCUGAAUGCUAGAUUAAUAUUAGGUGUGUGAUAAAGUUUUCUUUUUGGUGGAUCUUUUGCAGCAUUGAAUUGCAGAAUGCAUACUGGAUUACGCUAAUUCCCCAUAUAAAGUGAGCUUGCAAUAUGCCUUUCCCUUCCAUCUUGGUAUUUACUUGAGUAGCAAAAGAAUGCUAAAAUAGAAACUUAUCAGUUCAUUGAUGUAGCAUCUUUUUGUUAUGAAUUUGUGCUAGCAUUGCAUGAUACUCAUUGCAGUAAUUAUGUAAUGCGAUGCGUUUAGAUCAGGGUUCUGACAUUGGAGUCGUUGUUAGUAGUCUGUAGUGCCUGUUUAAUUUGGUCAAUGUCUAUUAUGAUGUUGCUUACUGGAGUUUAAAAUUGCAAUACUCCAUUGCUAGAAAUACAAUUGUACUUUGGAAAUUACGUUCUGUUUUUUGUUC